GGUCCCUCCUGCGACGCCCAAGCAGUAGGCGCUUGACACACACCACCACCCUCCACCUCACUCAGGAACUUUGGCGGUUGUUGAGCACCCCCACUGCCUGGGCCUAGCUCCAAGCUAACCAAGCGCAAAGAGGAAAGCCCGAUGGCGGAUAAAAAACAAUGGAUGUCGUCACAAUGCCAAUAGCUGUUGCGAUCAUUGGGGUCUCUCCACAAUUGGGGCGGGAGAGCUCUCCUCUUGAGCGGGAACAGCAAAGAAGAGGAGAACACCCCCCGCGGCUUUUCGUCAUAAACUCCCCAAAGUCCGCCUUCAUCUCGGUCUUAACCCGUUCAUAAAUGCUUCCUGGGCCCAUGAUCUGGCUUCCAAUUGAUCCCUAUUCCAUCCCAAGUUCUGUCCCGUUUAUUGUCAAACCAUUCCUCCAAUCUCCAUCAAACAUCUGCCCAUCAUGCCUGUUGUACAAAGCGCCUAUGAUCCCAAGGAAAUGAAGUUCCGGUACCUUGGGAACACCGGGUUGCAGGUUUCUCUUUUCUCGCUUGGCGGGUGGCUCACAUACGGCGGCACCCAGAAGGGAGAGAUUGUAAAGAAGAUUCUCCAGACUGCUUGGGAUCACGGUAUUCAAACCUUCGACACGGCCGAGACAUAUGCAAAUGGCGAGUCUGAAGUCGAGAUGGGACAAGCUCUCAAGGAGCUCGCCUGGCCCCGCGAUGAGUACGUCCUCACCACCAAGGUCUUCUUCGGUACUGGUCGCAAGGAGCCAAACACCCGCGGUCUCUCCCGCAAGCACAUCGUCGAGGGUCUCAAGUCGUCACUUGCCCGCCUCCAGCAGCCCUACGUCGAUGUCGUCUUUGCCCACCGCCCCGAUCCCACCGUUCCCAUGCUCGAGAUCGUCGAGGCCUUCACCCAGGUGAUCCGCAACCUCAACUUGGCCUAUUACUGGGGCACCUCUGAGUGGUCCGCCGCUCAGAUCACCGAUGCCAUCAGAUUGGCCGAGAAGCACAACCUCAUCGCCCCCGUUGUCGAGCAGCCACAAUACAACGCCUUCCACCGCGAGCGCUUCGAGGUCGAGUACGCGGAUCUGUACAAGCACCACGGCUACGGCACCACCAUCUGGUCCCCUCUUGCCAGCGGCAUCCUCACUGGCAAGUACAAUGAUGGCAUCCCCGAGGACUCGCGUUUUGCCACCAACAAGGCCUUCUUUGAGAAUACUGUCAAGGAGCUCAAGAGCGAGGCUGGGCAGGCCAAGAUUGAAAAGGUGCGCAAGUUGACCAAGAUUGCGGAGCGUCUUGGAGGCAGUGUGUCACAGCUGGCGCUUGCUUGGGCUGCCUCGAACCCCAAUGUUAGCACGGUUAUCUUGGGUGCUACCAAGAUUGAGCAGUUGGAGGACAACAUCGGUGCGUUGAAGCUGCUGGAGAAGCUAACGCCUGAUGUGUUAGAGGAGAUUGAGGGCGUGUUGGACAAUAAGCCCCCAGGGCCUAACACCUUUGGUAGACAAAGGAAGUUGUAA